AUGAAUGAUCUAUGUGUGGAGUUCCACAAGCACGGCAACAUCCAAUGCAAGGUCACAAUGAAGAGUUAUAAAGCUGAAAUCAGAGGUCUUUUGGGAGCAGCAGCCUCUCCAUCCCAGACUAUAGCUUCACUUGCAGUGGCAGGCAUUGUUGCCAGAACACCUUCUUCUGUGUUUAUGGCAAUCUCCAAGGGCUCGGUUCCAGCCCAAAGUGCCAUUGUGGUUGGUCAAAGUACCGGUGCCAUCAGUCUUGGGGUAGCUGGCAUCGCAGUUGUGACGGGUGUGGGGGGCUUUGUUGCAUACCAUGCCACUUGUUCUGUGAUCAAUCUAGCCCAUGGCGACAGAGACAAAGGCAAAACUAGCCAACAGGCCUCACCAGGAGCUGACAAUGGGAUAAACACCAGUAAAGACUAG